AACAAGCACAGUCGGUCCUUUAUUUUAACAUUGUAAAUGUACCUUGUUUGUGUUUAACAAUACAUCGAAGUUAACGUAUUGGUGUAAAAAUAUCACAAAUAAAUAAGGCCUUUUUACCUAAAAACAUGAUUUCUUUUGACAAAUAGCGUUAGUUGAUUAGGACAAUUACCUGUAUUAUGUAAACUAUUGUUGAAAUUUUCUUGAAAAAGUCUGUGAACAAAAUGGCUAAUAAAAGAAAACAAAACUUUACAAAGAUAUUCUUCUAUUUAUUAAAAGAAAAGGCCGACUAAUUUCUGUCAUAGUAAAUAGAGUAAAUGCAUAUAAAUAGUAUAAAAAUAAACUGCAAACAACUCAAAAAUUGCACUCUUCGAAAAUAACUUUUAAAAUCAUGAAAAAAAAAAAACAACAACUAUUUUUCAAGUACAAAAACAUAUUCAUCGUGAACAUUUGGUUGUCAAUAUACUGAGCAGAUGCUAAAAGUUCCUGACGUUGUGUUACUGUUCUUUUAAUGUGCAUCUGAAAAAUCUGAAAACAAAAUGCUAGUAAUUAACGCAUUGACUAAACAAAACAACAUUCGCCCAAUAUUUAGUUAAAGAAUACCCUAUACUGUAUACAUACUCAGUAAUCAACAAAUAGCUUUAAGAUAUUGUUAUUGCCUGACCUUCUCAUCUGAAUAGGUAAGUAAAAAAAAAAACAUUUUGAGUGAGCUACGCUCUCAUCUUUCACCAUAAAUAAAAAACAUAAUCUGCGUUACUGAACCAUGAUGUUUUGACAAACCCGUGUUUUACCCAUAAGUUCCACUACAGUAAAGAUAUAUUUUUAUCGGACGACACACAAGGAUAACAUGGACACUCAUUUUCAAGACAAAAGAGUUAUAGUUACUGGUGCCGGAAAGGGAAUUGGAAGAAACUUGAGCAUAACGUUAGCAAAACUAGGAGCUAAAGUGAUUGCAAUUAGCAGAACAGCGGAGGAUUUAGACGAACUGAAACUUGAAGAACCUUCGAUAGAGAUCCAUACACAAGACAUCUGCGACUGGAACAAAACAAGGGCGCUAGUAGAAGAUAUAGGUCUAGUUGAUAUGCUUGUAAACAAUGCAGGGGUAGAUAUGCAUAAACCAUAUCUUGAAUGUAAAGAAGAGGACUUUGAUAGAAUUUUCAGUACGAAUGUGAAGGCUGCGUUUAAUAUAUCACAGGCUGUUGUGAAAGGUAUGGUAGAGAAUGAAAAAUCUGGAGCAAUUGUGAACGUUUCAAGUAUAGCAGCAAUUAGUGCUAUACAUUCACUUGGGAUUUACUCUUGUAGCAAAGCAGCCUUGGACAUGAUGACAAAAUCUAUGGCUCUUGAGUUCGGACCCCAUAAGAUCAGAGUUAACAGUGUCAGUCCAACUUCAGUGAUGACAAAAAUGGGAAAAGCUUUCUAUGAUUCUAUACCCGGACUUGCGGACGCUAUUCUGAAAAGAGUCCCAAUUGGCCGUUUUCCAGAGGAAGAUGAAGUUGUCAAUGCUAUACUGUUUCUACUCAGUGAUAAAGCAGCUAUGAUAAACGGGAUACUUAUGCCAGUUGAUGGUGGGCAUAUCAUACAGUUUCUGUAGAUGUCAACAUUUCUGAUCCUAAUGUCAGAUAUAUCAACACUUUUGAUAUACAUUAUACAUGUACAUGUAACAUAGUAUCGAAAACGCGAUGAAGUUCGUCAUACAUAUACUUUGUAUUAAAAUAUGUAAUAUAUUUUUCGUAUUUGCA